AUGAUCAGAGUACCAGCAAAUGUAGGAGCUCAGAACCCUCCAAUCUUGAAUAGCCCAGAUACAUUUAAAUCGACCAAGAAUAAUAUCCCUGCGCUGCCAGAUUUAACUUCGUCUUGUAUCUACGAUGAAAUCAACUCAACCACAGGUGAUAUUAUAGACUCGACCAAGAACAAUAUCCCUGCGCUGCCAGAUCUACCUUCGUCUUGUAUCUACGAUGAAAUCAACUCAACCACAGGUGAUAUUAUAGACUCGACAAAGAAACGCGACGAACUGCCACGUAUUAGAGCCGACGUAAACAGACGAUUGAUCGAAUUCUCGAAAUUCGGCGCCAAGUUGAACGCUGUCGCGACGGAAAUAAGAGAUUUCUACGGGGCGCAUAGAGAACAAACAAGAUCGUCCGAUGAAUUUCUUGCAAAAAUGGAUAAUGAUAUUGCGAGGUUGAGAGAGCCGACUGAGGAGGUAGAUGAGAUGGCAAGCCUUGUUAAAAGGAAUAUGGAGUUGGAAUUAAAGGUGUACAUGCAAUCUACAAAGCUAAAAAAGCUUGAAGGUUGGAGUGUGGAGAUGCGAAGGAUGGUGAGCAAGUGGGAUGCUGAGUAA